AUUCAUUUAAUUAACCCUUUUUUAAAUCAUCUCUGGGAUUAAUGAGCAUCAUUAUAUAAAGGCCACCUAACUCAUACAAGACGCUUUUCAUAAUCAGUCGAUUGUUCGAAGCACAAUGACUGAAAGAGCUGAAAAAGACUACACAAUUGAAGUUCCUGCGAAUGCUUGUAUUAACUGUGAAUUUUAUGUCAACGUUUCAAGGGCAAAGGAGUUCAAGUGUGGUGCCAAACAUAUUCUUUGUUCCAGUUGCUACGAAGGUUAUCUCAGCUUUUGUCGAAAGCGCGGAGAAAGGAUUGACGAAGAGUGCCCUCGUUGCGAAGGUAGAGCGAUUGAUUUGAGAGAACAUAUUAGGAUGGAGAAAUGCAAGGGUAUGAGGCAAAUCAAACUCCUUGAUAAUGAAUAUUACGUUCUAUUUCGUAAUGAAGAUGGAAGGGACGACAUUUAUAAGCAAGAAUACGGAGAUGAUGGUUCACGAAAUUUGAUAUUUUCGGAUAGCGGUAUCACUUGCUUUGAUUUGGUUUGCAACAAUAAGGUUUUGGUUUAUUCAAAGUAUGAGAAGGGAACUGGGCUUCGUCUACAGGGUAAAUUAUUGGACCCGAGCGAUAGAAAAGCUAGAAAAAAAGCAAAGAUUAACAUUCACUUUGUCCGAGGAAGCCCAGAUAUGAGAUUUUUUCGUUGGGAGAAGAGAUACAUUCUAGUGGAGGAGGGACAGCUAUUUAGACUUCGUAAAAAUUUGGACAUCAAGUAUCAAACAAGAUGCAACAUGGAGCCGAUUUCUUCAAAACUCGUCGAUCAUGUUCUUUACUAUUUCACCCCGAAAGAGAUUUGUCCUAAAACGUUCAACUUUAUUUCUGGAUUUUUCAAGGUGCCAACUUACUUCCCCGAGGUGAAGCACAAGAAUUUGCGCGAAAGCGUCAUUGAUCCAUUACGAAAGGGAGGAGUCUUAGUUUCCAGCGAGACGAUGACUUACAUAGCUGAUUUACAAAACAACAAAAGCUAUGGCUACCCAACUGAGGAACUUUUCCACGUCAGUGGAAGGGUUGACUAUCAUAUCAAGGACACGGAGAUCAUUUUCAGCAUUUAUAACUUAGCCCAGAAGAGGAUCAUCAUCAAGCGCUAUGACUUGUAAGGGAUCAUAGUCGAAAGAAAUUUUUAUAAUCUUUUCUGUCUCUUUGUGCGCUCCCCCCUCCUUCGCCUCUUCUUUAUCAAUAAUUUUACCCUAUUGUACUCUUGUUGUCUUAUAAAAACAACUCAUCUUCGCAAUGUUCAUGGAUUAUAAAAUACAAUGAAAUUCUCAUUCAAAGAAUCGAAUGUUGUCAUUAA